CUUGUAGAUUGUGAUGUGUCUGUCCCCUUCUCUGGAAUUUUUAAUACAUGAUGACCCACUUAUAUUUCUUUACGAUGAAGUUUUGGUUCAUGACUCUGUCUUAGAUUCUAACCCGUAUUGUGGGUUGUAGCGUUCUAUAUCUUCACGUUUUCGUCAGAAGAAAAAUCUUCGAAUUGUGUCCGAGACACAUAUUCCCCUGUUCUUGUUCUGUUUUCUACUACUAGUUGUGUCUGAAAAUAAAAUACCCUGCCUUUUGCUCUGUUUCCGUUGUCUCUAAACUCCUACAAUGGCGUUUAAUCACAGGAAGAUGCUUGUUUCAUGUCUACGUAUUAAAGAUUUCAACUUUUGUUUACAUCAAUACCUUCCGCCGCCGCCACCACCACCUCCACCUCCACCGCCACAGAGGGAGCUCUCUCUUCUACUCCCCACCUCGAUCUGGGUUGCCGGCUCUAUCUUACUCUUCCUAUUUCUAGUCAUCUUCCUCUACCUAUACGUCACGCAACCACGGAGGACCUCAGCCGCCACAGUAACUCCCGGUAACACAAGCCGACGGGAAGACGAAGAAGAAACAGAGGAGAGAGAAUUAUCCGACUUCCACCACGUCUGGCGAAUCCCCACAGUCGGUCUCCGCCGUUCGGAGAUCAACUCGAUCACAGUCGUUGGAUUCAAAAAGGGAGAAGGUUUAAUCGACGACACAGAAUGCUCCGUGUGCUUAAACGAGUUCGAAGAAGACGAAUCGUUGAGAUUGUUACCAAAGUGUAGCCACGCGUUUCACAUCAAUUGCAUCGACACUUGGUUGCAAUCUCACAAGAACUGUCCUUUAUGCCGUGCCCCUGUUCUUCCUCUCACUAAACCUCCUCAUCCUCAUCAAGAAACAGAGACCAUUCAUCAUCAACCAGUUUCUGCUCAAUCGAACGAUAACCUCAGUGGACGACAAGAGAGUUCUAGAUCCAGAAACCUUCACAUUCUCACAAGAGCACAAAGCGAUUUGGCAAACCAUUGUGGCUGGGGAAGAGUAGAAAAUGUGAGACGAUCGUCUUCAAUCGGAGGAAGCUUGUCACUUUGCGAUGUUAACAAUAUUGCUAAUAGAAGCGGAAGACACUUCCACACAAGUUUGUGCUGCUAACUUGUUCUCAGCAUCAAGAAGAUCAAGAAAUCAAGAACCCGUUCUACCUUCAGUAUAACCAGUUAAACGGUGACUACAAUUAUAGCUAAUGUAAUGUGAUGAAACGUAGUGUGUUUAUUAUAAACAGUAUCUGAAAUAAAUGGAAACCUUCGAUGUUACAAGACU